CAUUCUCGUUAGCAGGCACCGCAGUUAAACCCAUUUUUUUUUUUCAAAAUUAGGGUUUUCGACAUCCGACAGCCAUUUUCCAGCAGCCGAAGCCAUGUCGAGGAGAAAGGUUAGGGAGCCUAAAGAAGAGAAUGUCACCCUCGGACCUGCAACUAGGGAUGGAGAACUUGUGUUUUGCGUGGCUCACGUCUUUGCCUCGUUCAACGACACCUUCAUUCAUGUGACUGAUUUAUCAGGAAGGGAAACCAUGGUUCGUAUCACAGGUGGUAUGAAGGUGAAAGCUGAUAGAGAUGAAUCAUCACCAUAUGCCGCUAUGCUUGCAGCACAAGAUGUUUCUACAAGAUGCAAGGAGUUGGGUAUUAACGCACUUCACAUUAAGCUCCGCGCUACUGGUGGUAACAAGACUAAAACCCCUGGUCCUGGUGCACAGUCUGCACUUAGAGCCCUUGCUCGUUCCGGCAUGAAGAUUGGUCGGAUAGAGGAUGUGACUCCAAUUCCAACUGACAGCACCAGAAGAAAGGGUGGUAGAAGGGGAAGGAGGCUGUAACUUUUUACUUGGUACAACCGUUUGUUUCAGUUGCCAUUCGAAUGUUUCUCGAAUUUUUUUUAUUUUUUUACAAUGUGAUCCACUUUUAGUUUAAACAUGGAUUUUGAUGUCUGAUUGUAGUUGAGAGUCUGUCGAACUUCUGGAACAUGCAAUAUCAAUGUCUUGUCUGAAAAUUUAAUCCUACUUGCUAUUUUCUCGUCAUA